CCCGAGAGCCGGACAUUUGAGAGCCGUCCACGACACAGCCCCUGCACCCAACACAGCGCUAGCCUGAGGCGGCUGUACAAUCCUCGGCAGUGUCCUGAGACUGUAUGGUCAUCUCCGCGGUCGCGCCCGCCCGGCCUUGGACUCUUCCAACUCCAGUUGUUGCAGCCACUUCUUAUUUUUAUUUUUAUUUUUGAAAACCCAGAAAAGUGACUCCUCUUCGUGGGAAAAAGGAACUAAGGUCCCGCUCUCGCGGCCCUCUUUUUGGGUUUGACAGCCUCCUCCCACUCCUUUCCCCGACCCCGCCUCCCCGUGCAGGUUCCUCCCCGGCACCUCUCUCCGCCCUCCUCCCCGCACCUAGCCAGCAGCUCGAGAACUUCCACCUGACGGUGCGGGGCGCUCGGGACCUGCGAGCACCUAGGACCUUUAACACCGGCCCGGGCCACAAGGAGUAGGCGAGGGCCACAUCGAAGGCGGCGACUGCAAUCCCCACCGGCCGGGGAGCUCAGGUGUCGCGUUUGAGAGCGCCACGGUGACAAUGACAGCUGACAAGGAGAAGAAAAGGAGUAGCUCGGAGAGGAGGAAGGAGAAGUCCCGGGAUGCUGCCAGGUGCCGGAGGAGCAAAGAGACGGAGGUCUUCUACGAGCUGGCCCAUGAGCUGCCCCUGCCGCACAGCGUGAGCUCCCACCUGGACAAAGCCUCCAUCAUGCGGCUGGCCAUCAGCUUCCUGCGCACACACAAGCUCCUGUCCUCAGUUUGCUCUGAAAAUGAGUCUGAAGCUGAGGCUAACCAACAGAUGGACAACUUGUACCUAAAAGCGUUGGAGGGUUUCAUUGCCGUGGUGACCCAAGAUGGCGACAUGAUCUUUCUGUCAGAAAACAUCAGCAAGUUCAUGGGACUCACACAGGUGGAGCUAACAGGACACAGUAUCUUUGACUUCACUCAUCCCUGUGACCAUGAGGAGAUUCGUGAGAACCUGAGUCUCAAAAGUGGCUCUGGUUUCGGGAAGAAAAGCAAAGACAUGUCCACAGAGCGGGACUUCUUCAUGAGGAUGAAGUGCACAGUCACCAACAGAGGCCGGACUGUCAACCUCAAGUCAGCCACCUGGAAGGUCUUGCACUGCACUGGCCAGGUGAAGGUGUACAACAACUGCCCCCCUCACAGUGGCCUCUGCAGCUACAAGGAGCCCCUGCUCUCCUGCCUCAUCAUCAUGUGCGAACCCAUCCAGCACCCAUCACACAUGGACAUCCCCCUGGACAGCAAGACCUUCCUCAGCCGCCACAGCAUGGACAUGAAGUUCACCUACUGUGACGACAGAAUCACAGAACUAGUUGGUUACCACCCUGAGGAAUUGCUUGGCCGCUCAGCCUAUGAGUUUUACCAUGCUUUGGACUCAGAGAACAUGACCAAAAGUCACCAGAACCUGUGCACCAAAGGGCAGGUGGUGAGCAGCCAGUACCGGAUGCUUGCAAAGCACGGGGGCUACGUGUGGCUGGAGACCCAGGGGACAGUCAUCUACAACCCUCGCAACCUGCAGCCCCAGUGCAUCAUGUGCGUGAACUACGUCCUGAGUGAGAUCGAGAAGAACGACGUGGUGUUCUCCAUGGACCAGACGGAAUCCCUGUUCAAGCCCCACCUGAUGGCCAUGAACAGCAUCUUUGACAGCAGUGGGGAGGUGGCGGUGUCUGACAAGAGUAACUACCUGUUCACCAAGCUGAAGGAGGAGCCCGAGGAGCUAGCCCAGCUAGCGCCCACUGCAGGAGAUGUCAUCGUUUCUCUGGAUUUCGGGAGCCAGAGCUUCGAGGAGGCCUCAUCCUACGGCAGCACCCUGCUGCCCCCAAGCCAGCCGUGGCCCAGAGAGCCGAGGAGCCAGAGCGAGCCGGGGAGCCUGCCCGCCUUCACCGUGCCCCAAGCGGCAGCCUCUGGCAGCGCCACCCCAAGUGGCAGCAGCAGCAGCAGCUGCUCCACGCCCAGCAGCCCCGGAGACUAUUACACAUCCCUGAAUGAUGAUCUGAAGAUUGAAGUGAUCGAGAAGCUCUUCACGAUGGAUACAGAGGCAAAGGACCAGGGCGGCACCCAGACGGACUUCAGUGAGCUGGACUUGGAGACCCUGGCACCUUACAUCCCCAUGGACGGUGAAGACUUCCAGCUCAGUCCCAUCUGCCCCGAAGAGAGGCUCCUGCCGGAGAAGCCGCAGUCCACCCCCCAGCACUGCUUCAGCACCAUGACGAACAUCUUCCAGCCACUGGCGCCAAUGGCCUCCCAUGGGCCCUUCCUCCUGGACAAAUAUCAGCAGCAGCUGGGAAGCAAGAAGAUAGAGCCUGAGCACCAGCCUAUGUCCUCCAUCUUCUUUGAUGGCGGGAGUAAGGUGUCACUGCCCCCGUGCUGUGGCCAAACCAGCACCCCUCUCUCCUCCAUGGGAGGCAGAUCCAACACCCAGUGGCCCCCUGACCCACCAUUACAUUUUGGGCCCACUAAGUGGCCUGCUGCAGAUCAGCACACGGAGUCCUUGGGGCCAUCACCGUUGGGCGCCCCCAUCACCUCACCUCAUCUCUCCAUGUUCAAGAAAAGGUCUGCAAAGGGCUUUGGGCCCCAAGGCCCAGAUGUGCUGAGCCCAGCCAUGGUAGCCCUGGCCAACAAGCUGAAGCUGAAGCGACAGCGAGAAUAUGAGGAACAAGCCUUCCAAGACAUGAGUGGGGGGGACCCAUCGAGCAGCAGCACUUCGCAUCAGGUGUGGAAAAGGAUGAAGAGCCUCAGGGGCAACGUGAGCUGCCCUCUGAUGCCCGACAAACUGCUGAGCGCAAACCUCCCCAGUGACGAGUUCACCCAAAAUCCCAUGAGGGGCCUCGGACAGCCCCUGAGACACCUGCCACCACCACCCUCUGCCGGGAGCCCUGGGGAGAACGCCAAGAGGGGGCUCCCCCCGCAGUGUUACGCCCCUCCGUACCAGGACUACAGCCUGCCAUCGGCUCACAAGGUGUCAGGCAUGGCCAGUCGGCUGCUCGGGCCCUCCUUUGAGCCCUACCUGCUGCCCGAAUUGACCAGAUAUGACUGUGAGGUGAAUGUUCCGGUGCCAGGAAGCUCCACGCUCCUGCAAGGAGGGGACCUCCUCAGAGCCCUGGACCAGGCCACCUGAGCCAGGGCUCCCCCUUGGGCGGCUCCCUACCCCCCCCCGCCCCGCCGGCCCACACCGCCCUGCCAGCUUCACUCUCUACGUCUACUUUUGCAACUAGGUAUCUCUAACACCAACACACUUUUUACAAGAUGUACCUGGCCUGGCAAACCUGCCCACGUCACCAAGUAGUGGCCUUUUUCUAAAGAUGCUCACUUUAGUAGCUGUAUUUUUAAAUACACCGUUUUCCCUGCUGUGUUUUAUUCUGUCAAUGAACAUGUUCUUAAAUUUUGUAAGAUUUUUCUUUCCCAACUUCGAUUACUUCUAAUUUAUAUUAUUCAUGGGCCCCUUUGUCUCGCUCUCUCACACACACAGUAUCCAUACUAACAAGUUCUGUGUUAAGUCUGGUCUCUUGUCGGGAAAGCUUUGGCUUCAUUUAACUAAAAAAAGGUUUUGUUGUUGUUGUUGUUGUUGUUGCCAAAGAGAAACAAAGUAAUUUUGCUAUCCAAGCUGGACUUUCGUGGCCUGUUCCUCUCAAAGCCCUUCUUUCUUUCUUAAAACUAAUCACCCUAUGGUAAAUUUCCAUCUUUUUUCUCUUCUUAAGUCUACCUUAGCUCUAAUCUUGACACAACUUUUGGGAAAAAGAAAUGUGAAGGGUGAACUCCAGCGUAUGCGGUUGUCUGUGAAGGUUGCGCAAUGUGGCUUUUCCCUCACUGUUUGGGGUUCUUCUCCUGCAUUCGGUGGAUUUGUUUGUUAAUUAUUAUUCAAAAACAUAACUGAGUUUUUAAAAAAAAAAAACUUUAACCUGGGUUAAUGUGUUUAUCAUAUAUAUGGGUACUUUGUAAUAUCUAAAAACUUAGAAACAAAUGGAAUCCUGCUCACAAAAUCACUUUAAGAUAUUUUUCAUAAGGUGUUGGUUUUCUCUCUCCUGGUGUUGCCGACACUGCAAUCGCUCGGCACUCCCCUGGGUCUGCCCUAGCUCUGCUCAAGGUCUCUCGCUUUUGGCUCUGGGGAUAUGCCAUGGGCGUGACAAACAAUCCAAGACGUGGAAUCAUGAAGUGUUGGGAGCAUUGCGAGCUGUCUUCUCAUGUUCUAUAUGUAUUAUGUAUGUAUGUAUGUAUGUAUAUUAUUAUUGCUGCCAAGAGGGUCUGAUGGCAUGUUAUGGGGUGAGGGUGGGGCGAAUCUAAGGGAGGGGAAGUGCUUUAAUUUUUCUUCAGAUUUUGUUGCUAGCCCUUCAAGUGCACUGAGCUAUGGGACUCUAAAGGUCUUUCACGUGGCACAUUUGGAUAUUUCCAGAAUUACCAUGAGAUGGUUUCAGUGGGAAUUCAGGAAAGAAAGUGAGGAUUCAGAAAUGGUGCAGUGAUCCAGCCCACGGUCCUCCCAGCUUACCAGCCUGGAGCACAUGGAGCUGGCCUGAGAGAGGGUGCGGAAAGGGGCUGUAGCUGGUCCUGACCAGGCCCGCACCCCUUCCUCAGCCUGCUGUCAGGUGGCCCCCGCCAGGAGCAGCAGGUAGACUUCCUGGUUGGCCCCUAGCCUCAGGCCUUCCCCAAGGUCUGUCACCUGAAGUGACUUACACAGGUAGGAAGCACUGAAAAUCAAGUGUUCUCAGAGCACUUUAUAACCCACUGGUUAAGAGGGACAAUACCUUUUGGUUUUUAAAUACCAAUCACAUGGAGCUCUUCUGUCCUGGGUACAAUGAGGAAAUUUCUAGAAACACACACAAAGCACGGCAGGCCAAGAAUUUGGUAAAGCUGGAUGGACUUAUUGCCGAAAACACAACAAAAAACUGAAGUUCAAAAGAAAUCUAGGAGAAAAAUGACCUGGUCACUGCCUUGACCAAAUCACACUGUAGCACCACCGCUUGGCCCCACGCACGGCGGCAGAACUUGAAGGGUUACUGACGUGUAAACGCUGGUGUUUGAUUUUCUGUGUGUGUUGCCUCAGCAUUAAGGGCAUUUUACCCUUGCAGUUUUACUAAAACACUCUGAAAAAUAUUCCAAGCUUCAUAUUAACCUUACCUGUCAACAUAACGAGUUCAUGAACAUUACUGUAUUGUCAAACUCCUACUGACAACAUUAUUAUAGAGGAGCUUAACUUUAUAAGGAAAUGUAUUUUGACACUGAUAUCUUAUUAAAGUGUUCUGAUCCUACCA